AUGAACAUGGCGGCGGCGACGAAGGCGCAGAAAACGGGACUGCUGGAGCUCCGGGUGGCCGUGGACCGCUGGACCCGCGUGCUGGCUACGCUCGCCGAGGACAAGCUGACGGUCGCCCCCGGCGAGGGCGCCGACGAGCCGCCCAAGAGCAACCCGAACCCCGCGGGCGCGAUCAACGGAGACCCCCCCAAUCUCAGCUCGUGUCCGGUCCCGGAGACCAUCACCAACGUGAAGCGCACGGUGCGAGUUACCAAGCAAGACGUCGGAGGACUCGGGAUCAGUAUUAAAGGUGGGAAGGAGAACAAGAUGCCCAUUCUCAUCUCCAAGAUUUUCAAGGGCUUGGCUGCCGACCAGACGGAGGCGCUUUAUGUGGGCGACGCCAUAUUGUCCGUCAACGGCUGCGACUUACGGGAGGCCACGCACGACGAGGCCGUGCAGGCUCUGAAGAAGACCGGCAAGGAAGUCAUCCUUGAAGUCAAGUACAUCAAGGAGAUGUCGGCUUUCUUCAAGAGCUCGGGGUCCCCCGGCGGCGCACUCCCGUGGGACUCUCCUCCCCCAACGCCCCAGAAGGGUGCGGACCUCUCGUCCGCCGAGAGCAAGGAGCCCCGCAGCAUCCCGCUGAAAAUGUGCCAGGUGUCCCGCAAGCAGUGCCCCCCGGACACACAAAACAGGUACUUCGAGGUGGUUUCGCCGAACAGAAAGAACUCCGUGUUCCUGCGGGCCAAAGACCCGGCCAUGGCCCAGUCCUGGUACAACGCCAUCCAGGCUGGUGCUGCCAACCUUUUACCGCAAGUGAAGGAGGAGAUGAAGAUCUUGCAGCCUGGUUUGGAAGUCAAAUACUUGGGCUGGAUUACAGAACAGGUGGUGCAGGGACCAGAGAGGCCGGUCCUCGCUGUGCUGACCGACCGCGAGCUGCUUCUCUAUCCCGCCUUGCCCGAAAGCAAAGACGCCAUCAGCAACCCCGCCAAGAGCCACCCACUCAUCACCACCAGACUGGUCCACUCCGGCCCCGGGAAAACCUCUCCUCUCCUGGAAUCGGAGCUUUCAUUCGGCCUGCGUUCGGGCACCAAGCAAGGCGUGGAGACGCACGUGUUUCGGGUGGAUUCCCCCAAGGACUUGUCGGCGUGGACUCACUUGCUGGUCGACGGCUGCCACAAUGCCGCCGAGCUCAUCAAGGAGGUCACCACAGCGUGCAGCUGGAACGGAAAGGAGUGCACCCUGGGAGUGCACAUCGACGAGGGCUUCACGCUAUUCACCGAAGAGCUGGGCGUCCGCAAGAGCGUCCUGCUGCAGCAUCCCUUCGAGCGGCUGAGGAUGUCGUCGGACGACGGCGUCCGCAUGAUGUUCCUCGACUUCGGGGGGCCUGAGGCCGAAAUUCAACUGGACCUUCAUUCUUGCCCCAAGACGAUCGUGUUCAUCAUCCACUCGUUUCUUUCCGCGAAGGUCAAGCGACUCGGCCUCCUGGCAUGAUGACGUCCGUAACAGUAGCAGUAGGAUUAUUAUUAUUAUUUUUUUUUUUUUUUUGAAGUAAUUCACAAUAACCCAGACUGACUGACUUGAGAGCAAGCGAUGACUAAACCUCUCCUGGUCUCUUCCGGCUGCUUCUGAUCUCUCGUGGAAGACCGGCGUACAUUUUGGGCCUUGAGGUUUUCACAAAUGCACAGCUCACGAUUUACACGUUGAUUAUAAAGGACAGCGACCGCUCGCGUUGUUUUUUUUUUGUUUUUUUUUUUUUUUUUUUUUUCCCCCCCAUUUUUUUCUCAACCGUCAGCCACAAUUUUGGUAAGCAUCCCUACAGCUUUUUUCCACUCAUUAUUUGUGUGUGUGUAUGUCAUCAUGAAUGCUUUGAUGCUUGAUAACGUCCGAUGAAUUAAAAGGUGACAGCGUUAGUGGAAGUGAUUGAUCACUGAGUGAUCUAAAAUGGAUAUAAGGAUUCAUUAAGUGAUGGACCUAUGGAUGUUUAAGUUGCCUAUUCAUAAAAGAACAAACUUUCAUGAUGUUUUUUUUUUUUUGCGGGAUUUGAAGGCAAUAUUAAGUUAACUCCAAAUUUCAAUAAAAAACCCAUCAAGGCUACUAUCAAAGAGGGCACUCACCUCAUAAAUCGUUGGACUGCAUGUCAUAUCAGCCAUUUCUCCACCCAUUGCGAUCGUGAUCAGCAAAAGGCCGAUUAUCUUGUGGUGUGGGGUGUGUUAGGAAGGAUUCCCGCCCUCCCAGCCACGAACAGUUUGGGGAGGAAAAAAUACAAUUGUUAAUUUUUUACCUGUUCAAUGCCUACGAUUGCAAAUCACGAUGAUGUGGUCAACAAUGAGUCAAGGUAUUUCCCCUCACUUGGGAUCUAAAGUGGCAAAGGUCAGAGUGAGAGAUUAUCGUCUGGUGCGGUGGUGUGUUAAGAGCGAUUUACCCUUUGCAAUAUGAUCGGGGAAAACAAGUCCUAACUUACAAUGUCAAAUCCUGAUCUGUGCGGGCAACACCUGGGACGGACUUAAAAUGCAAAUUUCCUGACCUGCUCAUCUUGAUUACACCACACGCUCUAUGAGUAGAAGUACACAAAGCAAUUAACUUUUUUUUCGAUAUACGCAAAUAGCUUAACACAAGUGUGGUUGCAAUUUAAAAAUAAAUAAAUAAAUAAAAAAACUUGUAAAAAAAAAAAAAAAAAAAAGCUCGUCAUGAGUAGUGAGCUUUCACAUUUUAAAAAUCUGUUAGGAUGUUAAAAAUUGGUACGUUGUCCAAAAUGCUCAAGCAAUUUUUUUUCUAAUCUUGUUCUCAUACAUUUAAUCACCGGAGCAGACAAAUGGCCUUCAUCACAAAGCACUCGUGUAUUUGUAAAAAAAAAAAAAAAAUAUGUGACGUUAAUGUUUAUCUUAUCACAACACUAGAAAAUGAUUUGUAUUCAUAAUGUAUGCCUCAACGCCCUCCAAAAUAAAAUGUACUGUAUAUUCUUAUUUAAACAAGCAAAAGGUGUGCCUUUUAAGGGUUGUUUGUACAUAAACAUGUAAUAAACUUUAACUUUUAACAUUUUUCUUAAUUGUUUGU